GUCAGGUGACUGUCUGCAGACGGAACAUGGCUGAUCUGUCAGAAGACCAAUGAGGGAAAGGCCAAAUUUAGCAUAAUCGAUCUCAUAUAUCUUUUUUUCUUUUUUUCCCUUCUUCCUCGUUGGUGAACACAGUUGCCGGUCGUGGGCCAGCAGUCGAUUCAAGAUGAGCGGUUUGCCGGAUCGAAUGGCAAAUGGCCCGAGCCGGAGUGAACACUUGCAGACAGAUGCUCAGAUUUGGGAGAGACCCUGGACCCUUGAAGAAAUGCGACAGACAAGCGCCAAUUGGUCUUUAGCAGCUGACUCCGGGCUCUUCCUGUUCCUUCAAGACUUCUCCCAGAGGAUGCUGUCAAAGACGCACGAGAUCGAAAAGCAGUUGGACAGUCUGAUCCGUGACACCAAAGCCACCGACAGCUGCUUACACUCUGUCUUUAAUGACUUUCUCAUGCUCUCCAAUACACAGUUUAUAGAAAAUAGAGUAUAUGAUGAAGAGGUAGAGGAGACUAUACCGAAGGCUGAUGCUGUGGAGAAACAGCCUGAACAGGAGAAGACACGAGAGCGGAAAGAGGCAGAGUUGAUCCCCAAGAUGCAGGAAGCUGUGAACUAUGGUCUAAGAGUCCUGGAGUCGGCUUUUGAGCAUCUGGACAUCAAAGCGGGAAACUCUGACUCGGAGGACGAGGAGGCCGUCGACAGAGUGGAGGCAAUCCUAGAGCCCAAGGAUCUAUAUGUGGACAGGCCACUGCCAUAUCUGAUUGGUUCCCAGGCCUUCAUGGAACAAGACGAUGUCGGACUUGGGGACCUCUCAAGUGACGAAAUGUCAGUUGACAGUGACAGAGACAGUGUGAUUGAUAGUGAAGAUGACAAAGAAGCUGUUCAUUCCGAUGACGAUUUUAAUCAGGAGGAAGAUGAAGGGCACAACAAUAUAAAGAAGAAGUCGUCCAUGUUGAGUUAUGAGGACGAUGACGAGGAGGAAGAGGAAGAUGAGGAUUCUGACAUAUUUGGAGAAUCAGACAAGGAUGAUGAUGAUCAUGACGUCAAUACAAAGACCACAGGCCCAUCGUCCUUCGCUGAUGAGCUGGCAGCCCGAAUCAAAGGAGAACCGGUCAACAAACCGGACGGAGAUCGUGCAUCACUGUCAUCUAAGAAGAAAAGUAAAGGCAGAAAAGAGCCAAAGCCUCCAAAGCCACAGGCAGCUGACGACGACAGUGAUGACAUGUUCAAACCACCAAAGAUGGAGGACGACGACUUCUCCCCAUUCGGAGGGAAAAGUGGCCUCUUCAGCGGAGGCAGAGGCCUGUUCGACGACGACGAUGAAGGCGAUCUGUUCGCUGAGGCACCAAAACCUCUCUUGUCUGAAGAGACAAAGGUGAUGAAUGAAAGCACUAAAAUUGCAGCUGAAACCGCAGGAUCUGGCAAACCUGCAAAGAAGAUUGCAGCGGGCGCCGGUUCAAUAUUCCCAGAUAACAGCCUGUUCAGUUCAGGGAAGGACUCUGACUCGGUGGGGAGCAAGGAGAACGGAACUCCAGUUCCCAAGACCAAUGCUCCUUCCAAACCGGUUCCUACAGGAGCUGGUAUUGGUGGAGGAGGGCUGUUUGAUGAUGAGGAGGAGGAGGAGGAGGAUGAUGAUGAUGACUUUUUCAGUGGUAAAAGUCUGCAAAAAUCUGCUGGAAAAGAUAAACCCAAAUCAAAGACGGCUAUUGACCUCUUUGAUGAAGAUGAUGAUGGCGACAUAUUUGGUAAUAAGUACAAUGCGCCUACUCCAGCUCAGAGCAAGAAGGAGGUCGUGGUAGAACAGCCUAAACCCCCUGAGAAAAAGAUGCCAGCUGGGGCCAUUUCCGUGUUUGGUCCUGGGACUAAAAGCUUGCUCAGCGAGGGACUGAAAAAACGUCGUCCAUCUACCAGCGAGGAGUCUGAGGAGAAUGGACCUACUCCAGACGUCGGGAAAGCUGCUGUAAAGGCGACUCAGAAACCCCAGACCAGAGGCCUCUUCUCUGAUGAUGAAGAUACACAAGUAUUUCCAACCAUUCCUAGAAGUCAGUCUAAGCCUGAACCUACAAGCCAGAGCAAAACCAGCAAGGCCCCUUCGUCGUUGUUUGAUGACGAGGAAGAAGAGGAUCUGUUUGCAUCUGCAGCUAAAUCUAAACCAAAAGCUAAUCAGACUAAAGCCUCAACACCGCAACCCAGUAGUACUGUGUCCAGCUCCCUCUUCAGCGAUGAUGAGGACCAGUGGAUCAGUUCAGAAAGUAAUGCUUCAAGGCCAGAGUCCAAAACAGGCGGGUUGAAGCCCAGUGCCAGCGCCCCCUCCAGUUUCCCCAGUGCCCGGACAUCUCAAAAGAGCAGCCUCUUUGACGACGAGGAGGACGAUCUGUUCGCGCCAACGAAAGAGUCGAGUCAGAAAAAGCCUCUGCGAGUUGCGCUCUUGUUUGAAGACGAGGGAGAUGAUGAUGAUCAAGAUAAAUGUUCCCUCUUUGGCAUCAAACCCACUGUCAACACAAACACUGCAACACCAGCUGCUGAAAAACCUGCCAUCGCCUCUCCGUCGCCCUCCCAAUUACAGAAAUCGGAGGAGGUUGCGAUUUCCAGGGCAGUGGCGGAGGACAAGCCUUCGCAGCAGGAGAAGCCAGCGGCGAAGACUCCUGAGCCGGAGAAUAAUGAAAGUAAAAAGAAGCCUGCGGGAGCUGUCAGUCUGUUUGGAGGCAUUAACGUUCUGGAAGGCAAGCGGACAAAGAACCUGUUGGAUGACGAGGAUGACUUCCUUUCUAAGGCCAGCUCACCGCCACACGAGGAGAAGAAGGAGGACAAAGUUAAAACGAAAACUGUUAGUCUGUUUGAAGAUGAGGAUGAAGACGAUACAGAUAGGAGUGAUCCCAUAUUCACACCUAGUAAACCCACAGGCAGAAACACAGAAAUGCCCACAGAGGAGCGACCGCAGGCAAAGAGUACCGGUGUGUUCCUGGACGAGGAGCUGCUGUUCAGUCAGACGCAGCAGAGGGACAAUGACCCAGAUGUUGACCUCUUUGCCACCUCAGGGAAAGCUGCGAGCUCCAAGCUCAGCUCAGCGAAGCCAGCAGCACAAAGUCUGUUUGCAGAUGAUGAUGAGGACGACCUCUUCAGCUCCACCAAGCCAAGAGCUCCGCCUCCGAAGGUAGCAGAGAAACCCAGUAAACCUACUGACAAAGCUCCACUAGCCAGCCCAGAAUCUGUGUCAGAGAUUCAGAAACCUGCACCGAGCCCUGUAAAACCUAAAGAUUCCUCAACAAGGAUUGGGAAACUUCAAACAAAUCUGAAGAUCAACCCUGCAGCGUUGCUUCCUGGUGCAGCUCCCAGUAAGCCAGGGGCCAUAGGUGUCCUCCCUGGCAUGGGUCCUAGCUCCUCAUCUGGGGUGUCCAGCUCCAGCCUGAGCCCCAGCCCUGCAACGACACCUGUAAGAGGCCAGACAGACAGUGAGGGAGGAGUGAGCUUCGACGCCCCAGUCCAGGUUACGACACUGGAGAGCGCACACAAGAGUCGUGCCAAAGGGGCUGUUCAGCGGAGACCCCAGUCUAGAGCUGCGAGGCAGCAUUCCGCCCAGAGAUCUGUGGGGGAUAGAGAAGAGACCCUGAGUGGAGAUGUUCCUGGACCAAACCCAAAUCUUUCUACCUUAGUCUUACCCCUACCACACAAAUCCGGCCAGACGCGUGCCAGUCCGACACUACCUAGCUCAUCUGCACCCACAGCCUUGGCCACCUCCUCACCUUCUCAACCACCCCUCUCUGAAAUCUCCCCCAGACCCUCUGUACUGACAUUGCCAGUAUCUACAGACACUGGAAAGAAAGACUCUAGUAAGGACAGCCUCAGUGCCAAGGUGUUGCCGUCUUCUGAUGAGGACGAUCUUUUUGGCUCUGACAGUCUGUUUGAGGCCACUUCAGUCACUAACACACCCUCCGCCAGACUAACCACCAAGACUACACAACCUCAGGCCAGUAGUGGGGUGGGAUCGAAUGAAGACAAAAGUACAUUCCCAUCCAUUUUUGAUAAAAAUAUGGAUGACCUUUUUCAAAAAGUCAAACCGAGGUCGACCACUAGGAAAGCCAAGGCUUCAUCCUUUUUGGAAGACAAUGACGACGACGACGACGACGACGACGACAUCUUUGGAGUGAGCAACAGUUCCACUCCCUCGUCCACCGGUAGUAAAGAAAUCAAGAACAGCAAUAGUUUUUCCAAGCAGGACAUCUUCCAGGAUGAUGUAGCCGCUGUGUCUAAAGUUAGCAAGAAGCACAAAGAGAAGACCAUCGAUACCAGCUUGUUCGAUGACGACAUAGACAUUUUUGCGGACCUGACGGACUCCUUAAAAACAAAACAGAAAUCCAAGACAGGGGGAGAGACCAAGUCGAUAUUUAAUGAUGACACGGAUGAAAUCUUCUCACCAAGCACAGUCAAACCAGUGGCGAAGGCUCCGCAUAAAUCAAAGAAGACACCACCGCCCCAGGAGAACAGUACUGCAGCAGACUCGAGUGACAUAUUUGAUGAUCCACUCAAUGCUCUUGGUGGGAACUGAAGUGAACUGUUGUUUCUGAGUAGCCAGAUUUGUAGACUUGUGGAAUGUGGACUAAUUAUUUUGUCAUUUGGAUCGCUUAAAGAUUGGAGAUCAACAUACUGUUGAUAAGAGUAUUUAUUCAUAUAAAUCCAUAUAGAUACCAUGGCUUAUUUUUGGCAGAUAAAGACGCAAAUGCAAAUGAAUCCAGUCAUCUUCUGGCAGCAAUUCGAAAAUGUAUCUCGGAAUCGAAUCAUAUUAUGUAAUCGUUAAUUAUACACUGUUAAUCUUUAUUUUACAUGAUAGCACUUUAUAAGCAUACUACAUGCUUAGCCUCAAAGCCUGCAGAAAUUAACAGUAAAUUGUUUUGUUUGUUUUUCAAGAGGUUUAUCUUUUGGCUUUUGCCAUUUUGAGAUACCAUGUCCUUGAUUUUGUGCCAUAUCAUGUUUAUGAGAAAUCAAUGUGUUUACUUACUGUCUUAGGCAUUUUGCCAAUGUUUUUAUUAAUAAGAAAUUCAUCCAUUUAUUAACUUUGGCUGUGAUGAAAAAGGAAAUUCAAUUUUAUUAACUAAAAAGGAAACAUGUUAUGCUUUUUGAAA